GACGCGGCAGCGGCAGGAAGUAUGUAGUUGAAUGGCGGCGGGGGGAGCGACCCGAGAACCCGAAUUCUGUGCGGAAAAACGGGGCGAAAAUUAAAUAACCGCGCACAAACCGAGAGAGCUGCACGUCUAUCUCCACCGUACGGUACAGCGGCCUUUGGACGUGACCCCUGACUCUGUGACCUCGCUCCAAAUGCCCAACCCUCACUGAGCCUUGUGACCUUUGCCCCUCCCUGGCGCCGGCCCGGGGGACAUGGCAGAGCGUGAUACCGCAGCACCGUGCCCCUCGCCCCUCCUCCACGUGAAAGCGCCGUGCCAGGACGACCUGCAGUGCCCUCAGUGCGGGCGCAUCUUCAAACACGCCGCCAGCCUUGCCAACCACAAGAAAACGCACGAGGUUGGCUCUUUCCAGUGUCCUGUUUGCACUCGCACACUGCCCAACGCGGUCGCUCUGAAAAACCACUUACGUAUCCAUACUUUGUCUCCGAGUAGUGUCCCAGCCGAAGAGGAGGCGGAGCCCAGUGAGGAGCGUCACUUCGGACUGAGCCUGAACUGCGGGGAUAACGCUUCCCCCCUGCACGACACCCACAGGAACGCCUCGCCCGAGCCCGAGGACGCCUGGGACCGGCCUUUUAAGUGUGACCAGUGCGACCGCACGUACCGCCACCACGGCAGCCUCGCCAACCACAAGAAGUGCCACCAAGAGGGUGACUUUGAGUGUGGCGUCUGCCUCAAACACUUUGUGAACCUGGCGGCGCUGCACACCCACGAGCGCUCGCACAAGUACAAACCCAUUGCCAUGGUGAGUGGAGGGGGUGGGGCCUCGGGGGCCGGGGGGACGGGGCCUCAGAGCGACUGCUUCUGCCACCUGUGUCAGGUCUCGCUUCCAAACAAAAGCGACUUCCAGGAGCACCUCCUGCUGCACAACACUGCGCCUUCUGCGGGUGUGACGCGGAGCUUUGGGUUAAUGCCUCAUGCCGCCGUGCGCUCGCCCGGCUACGCACCUGCCCUCGGGGACCCUCUGCCCCUGCCACCCCUGCCGCCUCCGCCUUCUGACAAACGACCCUAUGACCCCAUAAUGGGCCCCGCCCACAGCGCCGUGUUCACCUGCGCCUACUGCGGGUCCGCACACCCCGACAUGGACAGUCUGAAGGCACAUUACCUCACGCACGAGUCUCGUCCCACUCACUCAGAUCCACGCCCCACCCAUGGCCAGGACCUCAUGUCUGACGGUUCUCAGAGCUCAGGAGCAUCCCCCGGAGGCCGCGCGGCGCCAGGCUCCUCUCCCGAAGACCUCGAGCGCAGGUUUAAGUGCGGCGAAUGUGGGAAGAGCUACCGUCACGCUGGCAGCCUUGUCAACCACAAGCGCUGCCACCAGACAGGGCAGUACCAGUGCAGUGUCUGCGGCAAACAGUACCCACACCUGGCUGCAUUGCACAGCCACCUGCGCAGCCACAGGGGGCGCUCUGCACAUGCCCCGGGAGCAGAUGGAGACUGGCUGAGCUCUGAGCCAAUCAUGGAGCAGAGCUAUGCGGAGGGCGGGGCUCUGCAGGAGGGUGGGAAUCACUUCUCUCAGGGCGGAGCUCUGGAUCCUCUGGAGUUUCACGAGCGCUUUGAAGGCCCCCUGCAGGCUGCGCCACGUCAGAGUGAGCGACAGGUGUGUACGGACUGUGGACAGGUGUAUGGCGACGUAAAGACUCACCUGUGCUCUAGCCGACAGGCACCGCAGGGGAACCUGUCCAACGGCUUCAACAUGAACUACUCGGCCCCGCCCCCUGCGGGCCUGAAGGAAGACACUGCUCGCUUUGCUCCAGGCGCCGUGAAGAGGCUUGGUCCGGGAGAUAAAGACGACGAGGAUGACGGAGAGAUUUACCAGUGCUCUGUCUGCGGGAACCACUAUGCCAGCCUCCGUGCUCUGCGCAGCCACCUGCGCAGUCACGCCAACAACCCCGCGCCCCCAGGCCCCGCCCCUCCGGGCCCCGUCCCCCAGGACCAGGGCUGGAGGCUUAUCUGCGCUACCUGCGGGCAGAGCUUCGGCCGUAAACAGGACCUGUUGAACCACCAGCUGAGCCACGGGCCGCAGAGGGAGGUCAAAGGUCACCGCAGCGCCUGCGUGGACUGUGGCUUGUUCUUCUCCGACCGCCAACUCCUGGCAUCGCACGCAUGUCCUGGAAAGAGCCGCCUUAAUGGCAAAGACUCCACAGGGGGCGCUCACGAGAGUCGUCGGGCGCCGCUGGAGCUCAGUGACAAACCGCACAGGUGCGAGCAGUGUGGACGGGGCUACAGGCACCCCUGCUCCCUCCUCAACCACAAGAAGUCCCACAAGACCGGCGUGUUCCGCUGCCUCGUGUGUCAGAAGAGGUACUACAACCUGCUCGCGCUAAAGAACCACCAGAGGACGCACUUUGACCUCAAGAGACAUAAGUGUGAGGAAUGCGGUAAAGCCUUUAAGAUUCAGAAACAGUUGAUAAACCACCUGCGUCUACAUGAGGAGCACCGUGCCAAAGGCCUCGUGCGCUCGGCUCCAAGUGGUGCCCGCUUCCCUCAAGCUGGCCCCUCUCAGCUGCACAUGCUCAGAGCCGAUGCAGCUAAAGGCCCCGCCGCCUUGGGCUUUAAGAAGCCAUACUCGUCGGCCGGAACAUCACGGCCGCAGAAAUUUGACGCGGUGGAGAGCAGCCGGAGGCCAUUCUCCUGCGAAGAGUGUGGGAAGACGUACCGCCAUGCAGGUAGCCUCGCCAACCACAAAAAUCUGCACAAGAUCGGAGACUACCACUGCAACGUGUGCAACUCCACCUACCCCAACCGCCUCGCCAUGAAGAAUCACCUCAGGCUGCACUUCGCCCACAAGAAGCACAACUGCCCCGACUGUGGCAAAGGCUUCCGCACCCAGCGCCAGCUCGCCACCCACUCUGCGGGCGGCUUGUGUAAGGGUGCCCAGGGCCCGGGCCAGCCCAUGGACUUUGAGUGCGAUGGCUGCUGCGAAGGAUUCUCCACCGCCGACGAACUCUCCGCCCACGACUGCCCCGCGGCGCACCUGCCUUCAGGCUCCGCCCCCUCCAAUCCCCGUGAGGAGCGCGCACCGAGCGAGGACUCUGACGAGCGGCCGUACGUGUGUGACCUGUGUAACUGCGCCUACAAACAUGCCAGCUCUCUGCUCAACCACAAACACACACACAAGACAGGCGACUUCCGCUGCAGCUUCUGCGACAAACCAUACACCAACUACAUGGCACUCCGUAAUCACAUGAGGAUCCACACGCAACGCAAAAAACACGUGUGCCACGUGUGUGGCAAAGCCUUCCGCCUCGCCCGCUUUCUCCGCAACCAUCACCGCGUGCACGAGGAGGGUGCCACGCCCUACGGAUGCCCCAGCUGCGGCAAGAGCUUCCAGGGCCGAUCAGCGCUAGCACGGCAUCGCUGCGGCGACGCAAGCUCCGCCCCAGGCUCCGCCACCUCUGAUGGGCAAGAUGCCCGGAGGAAAGCUCCCGGCGAGCCGGAGGAGUGCCGGUACACGUGUGAGGAGUGCGGCCGCUCAUACCGUCACGCCAGCUCUCUCCUGAACCACCGCCACACUCACCGUGUGGGCGUGUUCCAGUGUGGGGUGUGUCCUAAGACUUUCUGUAACCUCCUGGCGCUGAAGAACCACAGACGGAUCCACUCGGAAGCGCGGCGCCAUCUGUGUCCUGACUGCGGUAAAGCGUUCCGCGUGUCGUCGCAGCUGUUUGCUCACCGCCGCGUGCACCUGCGCCAGAGCGCGCUUACCUGCCGCCCCUGCUGUCGCGCCUUCCCCACGCUCGCCGGCUACAGCCUGCACAUGGAACUGAGUCACGGCCGGCCCCGCCCCCUCCCCCCGACACGUGGGGUCGAAGGGGCGGAGCGUCCGUAUGCGUGUGAGCAAUGUGGCCGCUCGUAUCGUCACGCCAGCUCCCUCCUCAACCACCGGAACAGCCACAGGAUGGGCGCCUUCUCCUGCGGCGCCUGCCACAAACAGUUCAAGAACCUGAUGUCCCUGAAGAACCACCGCCGCAUCCACACGGAGCCACGACGCCACCUAUGCCCCGACUGCGGUAAAGCAUUCCGUGUGUCGUCACAGCUUCUGUGCCACCGCCGCAUCCACACACGAGAGAAGCCCUUCACCUGCCAACACUGCGACAGGUGCUUCUCCUCACGGUCCAACCUGCGCCACCACGCCAAGGUGCACUGGAGUGCCGUCCCGCCUCCCCCCCCCGCUGUGCCCGUCCCAGACUACAUGGGCAUGCCCACGGGACCCUUCCUCUGAAGUCUCUCUGUCCCUUUAACCAUCAUAAUAAUGAUAUAACCAUAGAAUAUAAUGGUGUCUUCAGACUCUGAGGAGAGAGGAGGAGGAACAGCGAGGUGAGAAAAAGGAGGAGAGAGGAUGAGGAGGAGCAGAGAGGAGAGAAAAGGAGGAGGAGAGAGGAUGAGGAGGAGCAGAGGGGACAAAAGGAAAGGGUUAAAGGUCAAAGGUCAGAAUCUACCUCUCUGCUUUUGGUAAACUGGACCGGACAGAAGGGGGGUGGCGCUCCUGGGGCUCCCCAGCACGAGAACUAUAAAGACUCAAUAGGUAUGUUUGAAAUGAGCACAAACGGGACACGUGGAUCACAGCACGGGACGUAGGUGUCAGAAGGCUCGCCACAGAGGGGUGAGAGAGUGGCACGAGAGAGGGGGGCGUUUGUGUUUGUUUUUUCAGUUUUAUUGAAGUCACUUUGUUUUGAGACUCUGACCUGAGGUAUGAUGCUCCUCCUCCCACUUUGUUUUGAAACUCUGAUUUGAGGCGUGCUCCUCCUCCUCCUCUCACUUUGUUUUGAGACUGAUCUGAGGUGUGCUCCUCUCCUCCUCCUGCCAAUCAUCCAGACAAGCCGCUGUUGUCUCAGACUGACCGUGUGUCUUCUUUUCCCAGAUCUGGGAAAAGUACAGGGGCAUUGUGGGAGAUGGAAUUCAGGAGCACAGGGGCAUUGUGGGAGAUGCAGGCGUGUAGCAUUAAAGGAACUGUCUUCCCUCUAAAGCACCUGCAGAUGGCAGCACUUAAAGGAGACAUCCCCUCCCCCUCUAUGUCCUCUCCUCCCUGUUUUCUCCCUCACUUCCCUUUUUGUGUUUGUCUCUUCUCACCCACCCUCUCUCCUCCUUUCCCCUCUCGCUCUCCUUCUCUCCUCCUCCCUUCUCUUCCCCUAUCCUCCUUCUCUCCUCCUUCUCGCCUCCUCCUCUCUCUCCAUUCUGCGGCUGUAUAAAGGAGGGACUUCUGUUUGAUGUGUUUUUUUUAAUUCUGUAAUAUUCUGACAUUAAUUUGUGUGAAGCAGGUAUCUCCCCCAGUACGAGUCAGGUGCCCUCCCAUUCUCCUGUAUCCCUGUGUGUCAGAUGCCCUCCUACACUCUUCCUCUAUCACUUUAGUGUCAGACUGAGAAGGGGGCAGGUCAAAUGUCUCUGGUUAAUCUGCAGAUGUUGUGGUGUGUCAGAUGCCCUCCCAGAUGCCCCCUCAUGGUGUGGGAGAAUGGGCCUUGUCACUGAUAGAAAUGAUCAGGGAAAAAAUAUUUGUAGAUUUGUUCCAAAAACCGGAAUGAGGAAAGUGUCAGUUGUUGAAGUGCUGGCUGCAUUUGGAGAGCGGAGGAGGAGGAGCCAAACAUCAUAUCUGGUCAAACACUAAUACAUCUUUAAUAUUAUUUUACAUCCUUAUUUAUUCUAUUUAUUUCAUGAGGCACUUUUAACAGUUGGAGCAGACAAUCACCAUUUCAUUUGACUCCUUCACAUUAAGAGUCCAGCUUCAGCUCCAAACCCUCCAAAAUAAAGCAGCUUUCACUUUAAGAACUGUGUAACUCUCCCGCUGCUCCUGUGACCCCUGACCCUCUCCUCUGCACCAUCUGACCUUUGACCCCCUACUCCUGUCCUCCUUUGGGCUUUCUCUGGGCCUCUCUGGCAGCUCUCUUCGUCUGAUCCUCUCCUCCUCUGGGCCUCUCUGGCAGCUCUCCUCCUCUGUACAUGUCCUCUUCGUCUAACCCUCUCCUCUGCUCCUCUCCUCCUCUGGGCCUCUGGCAGCUCUCCUCCUUGUCCUUUGUACCUGUCCUCUUCGUUUGACCCUCUCCUCUGCCCCUCUCCUCCUCUGGGCUUCCUCCGGGCCUCUCUGGCAGCUCUCCUCCUCUCCCUCUACCUGUCCUCUUUGUCUCUCCUGUAGCGUGUGCAGAGCGUUGUGUUCAUGUAGUUUGGAGCGAUCCGUGACGUCAGUGCUGUAGGACCUUUAGGAGAAACACAGUGGUAUUAUCAGUGAUUCUAAUGAUGUUUUUGCAUAAACUGUAACUGUAUACUUUUAUAAAUCUGUUUUGAUAAUUCAUUUAUAACACGAAAUGUGUCCUUAUUCUAUAACCAGUUACUGAAA